UUCAUCGCGUGUUUUGGACUUUGUGUUCGGAAUGGCGUGUGACCCCGUCUAUUGUAUUUGUAAACAACCUUACGAUGUUUCACUGUUUAUGAUUGAAUGUAAUGUUUGUAAUGACUGGUUUCAUGGAAGUUGUGUUGGUGUACGAGAAGAUCAGUGUAACGACAUUGAAGAAUAUCACUGUCCCAAUUGUAGCAAAGGUUUUGGACCUUUAACAUUAAAAAAGAGGAAAAAUUGGCACCGGCAUGAUCAUACAGAAGAGAUAACCAGUAAUACUAUGGCUGUGCAAACAGGAACAUUAGUGUUUAUUAAGGAGUUAAAAAAUAGAACAUUUGCAAAUGCAGACGAAAUUCUUCUGAAGAAACGAGGAUGGGAGCUGUCUUUGGAAUAUUUCAGUACUGAAGGGUUUGAUAGGCCAAUACUGAUUGACGAGAAAGAUGGCUUGGAUAUGGUUGUACCGCCCCCUUCAUUCUCAGUCCGUGACGUUGAGAGUCUUGUGGGAUCAAAUUAUGAGCUUGAUGUGAUUGAUGUACAAAACCAAGAGACAAAUAAGAUGCUAAUGAAGCAGUGGAGAGAGUACUACAACCACCCAGAGAGAGACAAAGUACUCAAUGUCAUCAGUUUAGAGUUCUCAAAAACAAAGUUAUCAGAGUAUGUGCUGCCACCUAGAGUUGUCCGUGAGAUGAGCUGGGUGGAUAUUGUGUGGCCAGAGGUGUUGCCUGAAGAAACAAGCUUCAGUAAACCAACAGUGUCCAAGUACUGUCUUAUGAGUGUUAAGGAUAGUUACACUGACUUCCAUGUGGACUUUGGUGGUACCUCAGUGUGGUAUCAUAUAUUAAAGGGAGAAAAGAUAUUCUAUCUGAUCAAGCCAUCAUUAUCCAACUUGACCUUGUAUGAGCGAUGGGUGGCAUCGUCCAAUCAGAAUGAAAUGUUCUUUGGUGAUCAGGUGAAUUCAUGUUAUCGAUGUAGAAUUACCGAAGGCCAGACAUUCUUCAUUCCAACAGGCUGGAUCCAUGCAGUGCUCACAGAUGUUGACAGUCUAGUUUUUGGUGGAAACUUUCUGCAUACGUUUAGCAUACCAUUACAAAUAAGAAUAUAUGAACUAGAGAAACGUUUGAAGACACCACAGCACUUCCAGUUUCCGUGGUUUGAGAUGACUAUGUGGUAUGCUGCUAAGCAUCUCCUGGAUCUUCUAAAGAACUACAAAGAUGACAAGAAGAUUCCUCCAACUUACAUCUUAGAGGGAUCCAAAGAAUUGUUAGCAACUCUCAGGUCGUGGACAGGAAAGAAGGAGCUAAGAGAACAGAUGCUUAAUUUAAAAUGUCAUCAAGGAGAGAUUCCAGAAUCAGUGCAAUAUAGUCAUCUCAUCAAAGAUCUGAAUAAACAGCUGAAGGAAGUUGAUAAACACCCAAAACCAAGUCGUGCACCAUCACAAAGAGUGUCAAGCAGUAAAACUCAUAAAGAUAAAAAGAAGCAGAAAGAGAAAGAAAAACACAACAAAAAACAAAAACAGAAAGAAAAGCCAAAGAAAAAGAAGAAAAAAACCUUGUUGUCAGAUAGUGACAUGGCUGGACUGGAUAUCCUGCAUCAAAUCACAGAGAGGUCAUUGAACCCACAGGAUGUCUCUCAUAGGUUGCCGCAGGUCAUAUCACGACCUGCCUACGCAAAGGAUGGGUAUAAAGUGCAUGCUGCUGACAGCAAAAGCGGGAUACAACACACAAAGGCUGGAGGAGAUGGUGUACCUGGACUGAAGCUCAAGUUCUCAAAUGGUAAAGUAAUCAGUCGGGAAAAUUCACCAUCUUUGAUGAAAAUGCAAAAGUUGCAAAUGGAAAGUGAUGAAGAAAUGAUGGUGGAUGUAGAAAGUGAUGUUCCUAAUUCUACUCCUGUGCAAGUCCCACUCAAAUUUAAACUCUCAUAUAAUGGUAAAUCUGCAACGGAUAACAGUAUGUCCACUUCUUGCCCUGAAUCAACCUCUGCUAAUGAUUCAGAUUCUGACUGUGAUGUCAUGCCCUCAGACAGGAGUCCAAAGGUCAGGGUGCAAACAAACCAGGAUUUAUACAACAUAGACGCCUUACUGCAAGCCAGUCAAUACGAGGAUCAACACUUCGGUCAGCAUGGUGGCCUAUCAGGGAUCCAACUUGACUUAAGAGAUCGGCAGACUUCACCCAGCAUGAAAGAUGCUAUUCAGGGAAUGCUGUCCAUUGCACUUCCACACACAGACCCUGCCAAAGCAUCAUCCAUGCUUCUAAGUAGAAUGGGUGCUAAAGCCAAGCAGAAAGUACCGAAGAGGAAGCUCAGUGACCAAGAGUUCACUGAUGCACUGCCAAACUGCUUUCAGGAUUCAAAAUAUGUGUAUCCAUCGUUGGAUGAUGAUGGAGAUGGACCUCUUUUCAAAUCAAGGACAAAGAAGAUGCGCCGUGAUUUAAAAGAUGCCCCAUGGAAUCCAAAAGCUAAGGUUAAAAUACCAGUACCCAAAACAGACCGUCCAACCAGAGACAAUGCCAGAAGGCCAAAUAUCGAUCAGGGAUUGGCUGAUGCUGCAGCUAGAUUAGCCAAUAAGCCGCGUCCAAAACGACAGUACAUCCGACGAAAACCUUUGGAACAUUCCAAGAAAUUUACCUCAGGCCAGCCAUCAACAAGCAAGACUGCACUUGCCCAAUCUCACAGUACAUUUGACUUCAAGGUCAACGACCCCUAUACAUUUGACCUUGCACAAAGUGCGCCAAGCUCAGUAUUCCGGUCGACAUCGGAAUCGCUGAGCCCACCCGUAGAAGGUUUGGGAAAACCAAAGAAACCAAAGAAAGGUAUGGCAACAGCCAAACAAAGGUUGAGCAAGAUCUUAAAAUUGAAGAAAGGAGGUCGUCUGAUGGUAUGAGCUUCUGUAUUGUGAUAAAUGUACUGGCUUAUUUUUUUUGUAAAAUAAAACAAGAAUGGAGCAGUGUUUGGUAUGCCGGAGGUUCUGGAUAACGUUGAUUGCAUUUCUUAUGUUCUUUGUUUUUAUUUAAUUUGAAGUGUGUAAAGAAAUCAGGGAGUGGUAUCUGUGUUAAGUACACAAAUAUUUGUAAAUAAACACAUAACAUUCAUGUGUUGAGAAAUCAUGUAUUGGUGAAAUUGCAAGUAUGUAACUUGUUUCUACAAUAGGAAUUAUGAUGUUACUUUGAAGGGUCCCUUCAUGACCUUUGGCCAUGGAUAUGUAUGCACUACAUAUCCAUGUUUACCAUAAAAAAGCUCUUGCCUUCGGUAUGCAUACACAACAUUCUACAUAUCAGCGAACAUGUCUCGUGUUUUAUUUACGUGCAAGUCAAAAAUAGGUCAAAACAGUGUCGCAUUAAAGCCUGCUGUACGUGGAUUCAAGCUAACUGAAUCCUAACACCUCAGGCCACGGAAUUCUAAGCUUUGUGAUUGGCUUGGACAUUGAGGAAGUACUCAUUAUGAAUUAAGUGUGUGAUUUUUUUUUCUAUAAUUGUAUUCCGCAAAAACAAACUAAAAAUGUUAGAAUUGGUUUCUUGUGUACAGUUUGUGUAUAUAUUGGGUUUUAUCAUGGAAAAUACAGAAUGUGCUGAAAUUUGAUUUUCUGAAUUUGAUUCAUAAGAGCGAUAUCAGAUAUUGUAUUAUUAUUUUAAUAUUUGGUUUUGGUUAAAUAAAUUUGUGUUUCUAUUCCACAAUAGUUUGUAAUAAAAGUAAUGAUGGUAAUAUUACCAUAUAUUACCAUAUCAGUAAUCUAAUUUUUGAAAAAGACAAUUAAGAGAGUGGCCAACAUAGAAGAAAUGCUAAAGGGGAGGAAAAACAGCAAUAGGCUAAUUCGUAUUUUGAACUGCGCAUGCCCGUGUCAAAGUCAAUCGACGUAUACAAACAUGUUUAUAUCAGUUGACCUUGGAUACGGGCAUGUGCAGUUCAAACUAGUGAUGAUUUAUUUGUAUGAUGAUGUAUAUUAUUUAUUAAAGAGGGCCCCUUUACAUCAGCCUCCCUUCGGGGAAAUUGAAAGGGUUACCCUCUUUAAAUAUUGUUGAAGAAACAAACGAACAACUUGGCUUAUACAGUUAAGUCAUUGUAGAGUAAAUGCCAUAGGCAGAACGUAAAAUUGGUUGGAGACGAGAAAGAGAGAAGCCAAUUGAGGAAAGAGCAUUUACCAAGGACAACCGAAUGGAAGAAAAAUUUAUCAGAAUCAGUACAGUAUUAGUAUCCUAGUUUAAUGUUCAUAGAUUCCCAAGUAGCUGUAUAUUUGUUGAUUGGAAUUGUAUAUAGAAAAUUAUAAUUCAUAUUUCCUUUUGUGUUAUAUUAUUUAAGUAACUUUUCUUUACUUUGUAAUGUUAAUAUUAUUACUGAUUUAUUUAAUUAAGCAGUUUAGAAUAAGUAAAACAGAAAAUGCUAGUACUAGUUUGAUACAAGGCUAGUUUUUGAGUGUACAGUUGUUAAUUGAUUGUUUGAAAUAAUUUUCUGAGAUCCCCUGAAUUGAUUAAUGAAAUUAGUAAUUAUUGACUUAAUCAACAUCAAUUGCAAUAAUAUUAAUUAAGAUCAUGAAUGGUACAUAAUUUUAUAAUUAUUAUAAAACGUAAAUCUUGACGUCAUCAAAUUUAAGUAUAACAUAAUUUCCAUAUUUGAAAUCUUUAGUAAUUGUUGUUAUUGAAAGGCUUGCUUUGCGUAUCAAAAUGAUCUAGCGAAUAUCUUCUACUCUACGUAGCCUGUGUAGUGAACUACUGUAGCAACAAACAACCUAGCGCCACCUACAUUUAAUGCGAUGACCUUCAUAUCCACAUGAGCAAGAAACAAAUUUGAACAAACUCAAAAAAUUUGCUUUCCAAAGAGAUGACGUUAAGGAAUUCAUAUAUUUUAUUGAAAAAGGGACGAAAACCUGUAUUUGUUACAGAUUGUUUUCUGCUAUUCAUCUUAUUGUUGUGUAACUACUAUUGGUUAGACUAUUACCUAUUUAUUACAUUUUAUUUUAGAUAAACAAUAUAUCUUCAUAUAGAUUUUAGUUAGUGUUGUAUUUUUAAAUACAUUGUAAUUCAAUUAAUUUUGAUUUUAAUAACAUUUUCUCCAAGUAAUUUAUAUUUUUAUCCAUCAAUUACAACUGUCAGCUGCAUUCCAUAUCAUUUGUCAACAUAAAAUAGUACAUUGCAGAUAAUUAAUUUAAAUUAUUAUAAUAAUUAAUGUUGUGUAGUAUUAAUGAAAAUUGAUUUAUGUCUGCUGUAUCCAAUUAUACUGUUUUCAGGAUCUUUACACAACAGUGGAAAUUUCUGCUAAGCUCUGUCUUUUGAAAAUUGUUGCCGAGUUCCCACAAAACGAGGUUUACGUAAAACAUGUAUUUGUGGGAUAUGUGUGUAUUCCAGUUAUUAAGUUUGACAAUGUGUCUGGGGUAGUGGAGCAAAGAGCAAAUUGGGAACCCAUGAUCCAGGGAGGCUAGGUUUGAGAGAAGAGUUUCUUCUCCAGUUGGUAUCCAGGGCUAACACCUUUGAAGCUUCAAGUUUUGCCAUUUUAAUCUCAAAUCUAAAUGAUUUCACACUAGGUUAGAACUUGUUUUUCUGUUUGGGGAUGGGGGUGUGGUAUAAUAAUUACCUUUUGCCAUUCCCAGGAUCUUCCAAUAUGUAAAGCAUUUUGUUUGUUUGUGCCAGUAACAACCAGAACAAUAUAAAAAAUAUUAAGAUAUAAAAUUCAUAUAAAAUAAAGAUAAAUUGUGAAUGCAGUAAUCUUAAAACCGAAAAAAACCCCGAAUAUUAUAGCAUCAAUCGUUGCUUGCACUGAGAAAGGUCUCAGUGUUUUUUACACCUAUAAGAGAUAUUGAAUACAACCUCUUGUAGUGGUUGUGUGAACAACAGUGGCGUAUCUAGGGGUCUGCAAAUGGGGUGGGGGCCUAUAAUUUGAAGUUGUGCUGGGUGAUUAAGUUAGGAGGCACUAGCUCACAAUGAGGUGAUUUGUGUCUACUUGAGUGUGAUUUUGUUUUGAUUCAAACAAUUUAAAUGGAUGUGACUGGGGUAUGUGCGCUACCCGUGCCCUCCCCUAGAUAAGCCACUGGGGAUAGUUUCUAAAGCUGUCUCCAGUAUCAAUUUUCUUGUCGCAAAUAUCUGUGGUUUUCUGAUAUAUGGGUUUGAUAUGACAUAACCAUGCCCAUAUAUGGAUAUGAUCAUGCCCAUAUAUGGAUAUGAUCAUGCCUAUAUAUGGGCAAAUUACAGAUAUUUAUUACAUGAAACUUAUAUACAGGUCCUGAAACAUAUCAAAGCAUGUCAAAUAGUGUUUAGAUGACAGACAAAAGUUCUGCCUUGGAUUAUCCUGAACUGCCAUAUUGUCACUUGAACUGCCCCAUUGUCAUUUGAACUGCCUUUUAUUCAUAACUUUACCACAUACACAUUCGUUUUUUGUCACAGUUCUUGUGUUGUACGAUAGUUAAAAAUAAUAUCAUCAUGAUAAUAAUAGUGAUUUAUGCAGUACCUCAUCAUGUAAAGGCAUGUUGCACUAUAUACAGUAAUUACAUUAUUUAAAGUUGUUAUAAUUAAUAUAGUUAAUAGCAUUUAUAAUAUUAUAACAUACUAUUAAUCUAUUUGUUACUAUUGGAAAAUGUCUAAUACACACCAUCUAGAGUUGCCUAUUAAGCUUUUUUGAUUGAUUUUAAUCACGUUUUUAGUCCUUGCAGACAUCAUUGUGGUAGUGUACUUUGAUUGGGCUUGGUUAUUAUCUUGGUUAUCUUUGUAAAUAACUGUACAAACAAAAUUCAGGAAUCAUGGGUAUGUAGAUGUAUACUUGUGUAUAUUAAAUCUCUUUUCUAAUUUUGUAUUUAUAAGAGUAGAAAACAUUAAAAAUUGAUGUGUCUAUUUA